AAAUAAGCUCAGGCCUGUGCACACAUCAGUUAAACGCCACGUCUCCCUGCACGUUGCAGACGCCCUUACUGAGCGUGUCGGUCAGAUGAUGUUUCAGAGGGCAGCGCAGCGGAGUAGCGUCCUGCUCCAGCACGGGUUUAUAGGUUUAUGUGAUGGAGCUUUUAGAGGCUUUUGACUGAAAAUGGGUGAAAUUCCCCUUUAAAGUUUCCCAGCUUUCCAAAGGCAAAUGCCGAAUCUGCACAGAGGGGGCGCCCAAGAGCGAUGAAGCUCGUGGAGGCCCAGCCGACCCCUCGGCUCCGUCCCCGGGGCGACACUGCGUCUCACCUCGCUGAAACAUUUCGAGAAGAAUGGCUGUAAAUGAUGCACACUGCCCAGUCGGGGGGUCUCGGGGGGUCUCGGGCCGCUUUAUCUGGGCACGUGUCUGAGUAGCAUAGUUCACUGUAAGGUCGUGUCACCUUGUAUGAGCUGCUUUAACACAGUAGAGUGUCCAGCUGCGUCCGGCUCGUGCUGAGCGAGCCUCUCCUCGCGCCUCGCGGAACUAAACACUAACUCCUCUGAACUUCCUGGCGUCCCUGUAAACUCAUUGGUCAAAACAACGCCUUCUUCUUCGGGAGUGGACGGGUGUCCGUGUCAGUCACCUCCCCGACAUCGGGCAGUCAUUUCAGUUGAAGCACGGUCACGAGCGUCAAGAUGGCAAGCAGACUGCUGCUCCGCGCGUGCGGAAUCUCUGUAAUGGCAAGAAACCGCGUGUUGGCGAGGACAGGUCGUCGCGCGAUGGCCAGCGGAGGAGGCAUUCCGACAGAUGAGGAACAGGCAGCAGGAUUAGAAAGGCGGGUGUUGCAGGCUCUGAAAAAGGGCAAGGAUCCAUAUAGCAUAUUCAAGCCAAAAGAGUAUGCUGGAACUAAGGAAGACCCCCACAUUGUGCCUGGCAUCAGCGACAAGCGUCUGGUUGGCUGCCUCUGUGAGGAGGAUAACACUGCCAUUGUCUGGUUCUGGCUCCAUGAGGGAAAUCCACAGCGUUGUCCUUCCUGUGGCUCAUACUACAAACUGAUCCACCAUGAACUGCCUCACUGAGCCGGUUUUUACUCCGCAGUUCUGUGAAGCAUCCGUCCAGCUGUGAGACGUGAAUUUUGCCAUUAAAGAAUUAAAGUCUUUCUUAUGCUCACA